AUGGAGCAGCAGGUGCAGCUGCAAGCGCAGCAGAUUGCCGAGCUGAGAGAUUUACUGCAGAGGCAGUCGCAGGAGCUCCAGAGGAUGGCCGCGGCCCAGCCAGCAGCACCAGCGCAAGCAGCAGCACCAGUGCCCUCAGCAGUGCCACGACGCAUGGAAGGUAUCUUGGACAGCAAGAUAGUAGGGAAGGUCAAGCAGUUUGACGGCCAACGUUCUUCAUGGAAGACCUUUGAGUUUCACUGGAAGGCCUACUUGGCCAUCGAAGAUGAACCUGAUGUGGCAAUGCUGGUGAAUGACGUAGGCAGUGUGAAUAAUCCAGAUUUCGAGCCUCUCUCCAGCCAGCUGUACUUUAUGUUGGUGCUGGCGAUGCCAGAGGACAGCACGGGCGAGAGCAUCCUCUCCAAUACACCAGAGGGAGAAGGCGCCCUGGCAUGGAAGAAGCUCUUGAACGAGUACUCUCCCAAUGAGCCUGGGAACAUAGUGGGACAGUUCAGGAAGAUUCUAGGUACGGUGUUCCCCAAGGAUGCGGACAUUGUCACGGAGAUCAUGAAGCUGGACAAGGAGAUCGCUCGCUACGAGAAAGCGAGUGGCGAGACGGUGUCGGCGAACGUCUCUCGAGGCAUCCUCCUGGGGGCUCUCUCAGAGGAACCUGACCUCCAGAAGCACUUGUUCCGCAACCUUCGCAGUUUGCCCACCUACGCCGAUAUGCGAGCGGAGGUGGUGAAUGCCCUGGCAGCCCAGAGGAGCGUGAGCGACGACGCCAUGGACACCGGUGCGCUCAAGGGCGGCAAGUCGAAGGGCGGCAAGGCGAAGGGCGGCAAGGACGGCAAGAGCAAGAAGGGCAAAGGCUACGACUCCCACGCCGUCACUACCGACUACAGGGACUCUGCCGUCGUCGCCGCCAACGAACCCAGGUGCGACAUGUACAGGGCCAUCGUGUGCCGCGAGCAGCGCGAGCACUAUCCCUGUCGGGCUGCGAGCUUUGACUUCGAGCUCGGAGGCCACUUUGUUUUCGGGCUGGAGGCGAUCGAGGCCGAGGAGAGGCAUGUGAGCAUCGCAGCGGUCAGCCACAAGCCGAAGGACGCGAUAAUGAUCGACAGCGGUGCGCAGAUCUCGGCGAUGCCCAGCCAGAUGGUGCACGAUGCAGGCUACACGAUCCAGAGGUCGAAGAUCCACGAGCUGCAUGCGAUUGACGGGAGCAAGGUCCCCCACCAUGGCCGUGCCGACGUCAAGAUUCGACGAGGAGAUGCAGUCCUGCAGCUGGGUAUGGAGGUAGCCGACAUCGAGUGCCCCGUCCUCUCCACAGAUGCCAUCACGAGGCGAGGCCAGUCAGUCUUGCACUCGCCGAUGGGAGACUGGAUCGUGGAUGCCCCGAUGCUGCCGCCCGACGGCGCCGAGGUGAUCAAGCUGAAGAAGGAGCGCUCGGCCUGCUACUUGGAGUUCGACGAGCUGCUGAAGGACGGCCAGAACGCCGAGCAGAGCAAGGAGUCUGAGGAAUCCGUGGGCAUCUUGGCUGCAGCCCGCAGGGCGCUGGCACCCUCGACUGUGCCGACAAGUUCGUCUGCGGCUCUGCCUCGAGCGCUCGGACCAGACCCCUCGGAGAACGUCACCCUGAAAGCGAAGGAGCUCACGAGACCAGGACAGCCGACGGCGCAGGAGAGGCGUGCCCAUGCAGCACACCACCUGCCCUUCAGGCCCUGGUGCCCCGAGUGUGUGAUGGGGCGAGGCCGUGAGCGACCGCGUCCGAAGCAGCAGGACAGCCCUGAGCUCGACGCGGACCAGGUGCCGAUUGUGGAGAUGGACUUCUUCUUCGCAGCUACUGACGAGAUCGCGAAGAAGUACCCGAUGCUCCACGGCUUCGCUGUGAAGCUCGUCGAGGCCAAGCGCAUCCCCAGGGACGAGAGGCGCGCGAUGAUCCCUGUGCUGAACAUCGUCGACGGGAGGUCGAAUGCUAUGGGCACACUGAUGACGAACAAGACGGUUGGGCAAUACAAGACUCUGUACGUGGCAAAGCUGAUCGACUCGUGGGGUCACACCACAGUUGUUCUACUGACUGAUGGCGAACCCGCUAUCGUAGCCAUAGCCGAAGAUGUCAAGAAGCAUCGGAGCCAUGGCACCCUCGUUCGUAAAGCCGCCGCGCAUUCUCAUCAAAGUAUGGGGCGCGUGGAAGGCGCCAACUCUCUGGCAGCGGGCCUCUUGAGGACCUUCAGGUUCGCUCUGGAGAAGCGGUUGGAAGUCACGAUCGACGCCGACCACCCGAUCCUACCCUUCGUGACGAACGCGAUCGGCUGGUACAUCACACGAUUCCAGCCGCGGGAGCACGGAGGGUCCUCCUACAAGUUUCUCUUUGGCAAGGAGUAUGAUGGAGAAGUCGCCGAGAUCGGCGAGCAGGUUUGGUACAGGAUCGCUGGGCGGGUAGCCAGCGGUCAGGGCAAGUUCGAGGCCCGCUUUGCUAAAGGCGCGUGGGCAGGCAAGUCGGAGUUCGACGACCAGCACCUAGUCGUGGACUUGCAGCGCGGGCUCCUCAAGGUGCGCGCGGUGCGUCGCAUGCCCGAGGAGUUCCGCUGGUCCGAGGACCUGCUGAGGCAGAUCAGCGUGACGCCCUGGGACCCCACGCCAGCUCGGGCCAAGGAGAUUGCGAGGCCCAAGGGCCUCUACAUCACAGAGAGGAUGAUUGACAGACAUGGACCGACUUCAGAAUGCCUCAAAUGCUCCACAGGACGAGGACAGCACUCCGACGCUUGCAGGCAGAGGUUCGAGCACAUCGUCCAGGAGGAGCUCGAGCGGAGGCUCAAGACUGAGGGAGCCUCGCCAGCGACACCAGCGCCGCCAGGAGUGACGCCUGGCACGCCCGUGCCAGAGAGUGCGCAUGGUCCAAGUCAGCGCUCGCAGCCUGAGGACCGAGCGCCGCGCACGCCGAGGCCAGGAGCGCAGGUGCAGGAGGGCACGGCAGACCAACCUCCCAGGAGCUCUGUCGGGAACAUCCCCGACACGCCGAUGGACACCAAGGACGACACGACUCGCAAGCACCAGGUCGAGGCUGCAGAGACCGAGGACCAGGGCGGCAAGCGACAGAGGAUCGAGCUUCUUGGUGUCAGGCCUGAGGUGACCGUCAUCGCGGGCUUGUCGGUGUGUGAGCUCGCGGUCUGCGAGGCGGACGACUCCGAGGAGUACGACCCCGUCUGGGACCCGAUCCCCACGCCAGAGAGCCGAUGCGACGGCAGAUGCCCAUCACAUGGAGGACGGUGUGCGCUUCGAGCUGACCACCGUGGGGGCUGCGCCUGUCGGCUCUGCCUGAUCCACGCUGCGCGCGCCGUGGAGGCCCCGAGCGCAGUGGUGGCGGGCCUGUACAGCAUGUGGGCGGACGGUCUGGACGACGAGGUUGAGAGCCCGCAGAUGGUCCACUACGACUACUACUCAGGCGAGCCGCUGGACGAGGAGCUCUACCAGGAGGGCAGGCGCGACGAGCUGGAGGCGAUGCGGGAGUACGGUGUCUACUCGGAGAUCCCCAUCUCUCAGUGCCAGCCAGGGGGGAAGCACGUCAGGGGCUUCCCGAUCGCCCACAUGAAGGGCGACAGGGUGCGCUGGAGGUUCGUCGCGACCGAGGUGAACGACAAGCAUCGCGAGGACAACCACCAGGGCACGCCGCCGCUGAUGGUCAUCGGGCUGAUCAUCUCCCUCGCAGCGUCCAAGUCCGACGCUGACGGCGUGCACCGCCGCCUGCUGCGCGUUUGGGAUGUCCGCAAGGCGUUCUUCAAUGCGGACUUGGGCGAGCUGGUCUACGUGCAUCCAGGCUGGGAGCUGUGUCCUAAAGGCCCCUGCUGGGUUCUGCACAAGGCGAUGAACGGGACGAGGAAGGCCUCACAGCUCUGGGGCGAGACGAGCAAGGCAGCGAUCGACGACGCGGGAGGCAAACCGCUGAAGGGCACAGUUGGCACCUACCACUUCGAGAACCUAGUGGGCGACGGCAUGGACGCCACGAUGUGCUGCCACGGCGAUGACUUCCUGGCGGAGGGCCACCGCGACACCCUCGACGCCAUCGGCAACUUCCUGGAGGCGAACUUCGAGGUCACCGAGAUGCCAGGCUUCUACUGGAGCGCUGAUCCGAAGCACGUGGAGGAGCUCAUCCGCUGGGGCCACAAGUCGGGCUCCAAGGCUGCGCCUACCCCUGGAACAAAGGCUACGGGGGCAGGCAUGAGGAAUGCCCUGGACCCACUGCCCGUGGCCGAGGCCAAGUCGACCUCGUCAGCGGCGGGACUGAGCCUGUAUGUCUCGAGCGACAGGCCUGACGCUAUGUUCAGCUCCAAGACGAUUAUGCAGCACGUCAGUAAGCCAAACGUCCUGAUGAACGCACGCCUGCACCGCCUGUGCAGGUACUACGAGGGCGCACCGAGGCUGCUGUGGUGCUAUGAGCUCCAGGACUUGCCAGAAGUUCUCCGAGUGGACGCGGAUGCCGACUGGGCGUCUACGGCUAGCCUAUUCAGGACGUCGGCUUCUGGAGGAGUUGUUCGUUUCGGAGGCCACACGGUCGAGGCGUUCGCAGUCAGCCAGGCUACGCAGGCGUUGUCGUCGGGGGAGUCUGAGUUCUACGCCAUCGGCAGUGGUGCCGCACGGGGCUUGCAGGCGAAGCACUUCCUCGGAGAGGUGGGCGUCACCGUGCGCCUGGUCGUGGCCAGCGACAGUGCUGCAGGCAGAGGGAUCUGCCAGCGCCACGGCGUGGGAAAGGUGCGCCACCUCGAGCUGCGGUACCUCUGGCUACAGGAUCGCGUCCGACUGCGACAGCUAGAGUUGAUCAAAGAGGCGACCACGGAGAUGGUCGCGGACAUCCUCACGAAGUAUGUGGAAUCUGAGACCCUGUACAAGCACAUGGCGACCAUGAACCUGCGGCUCGUGCCGCUCGGAGCAGUGGUGGUGAGCGCGCUGCUACCGACGGCGCGCGGCCAGGAGACGGAGGCGGGCGCCAAAGGCGCGCCCUGGCUACUGAUCGUGAUGGCUUUGAGCAUAGCGCUGCUGUCUUUUCUAGUAGGCUGUUGUGCUGGAGCCCGAGUGUGCUCCACUGCGGUUUGUUACGAGCGUCCAGAGACGCUGAUUGAUGACAGUGCAGCUCCUGAGCAGACCGCAAGCGACGGAGAUGCGAGAGCGCAGCUAGUUCUUUCAAGGCUGACAGUGCCUGACCUACGGGCUACGGCUCGUGCGAACAAGAUCGGCCUUGGGGUGGGCUACGUGAGGAAGGAGCGCCUGAUUGAGAUGAUCAUCUCGGCUGGCGCGAGCCCUACUGUGGAGCAGGCAGAGCGCCUAGAGAGCGUUCGUGCCGUUCUUUCCAAGGCUGGUCUGAGUUGUUCUGUGCAGCCACGCCUCCUGCUCACGAAGCAGGUGCUGGAGAGUCAUUUGGUGCUGUUGGAGACGGCUUGCACGCCGUUGCGGAAGAUCUCGGAUUGA